CCCCCGUUGCGAGUAUGGUCUCAGUGUAGCGACGGCCGUCGGUCGAGUCAGAGACAAAGACAGAUAAACACAGUCCAUCGACUUUCUGCCUCCGUAGAGCCGCCGCCUGUAUCGAAGACAGGAGAAAACCGAAUAAAGAUCUCCAUUUAUUAGGAUGAUAAAAGUGGUGCCUGUGCUGUGAGGAAAGAUAGGUGGUUGUUGCGAGAUCGGAGUGCGCGAGUGUUGCCGUCUCCAACUGCAUCCCCCCAAAACGAAGAAAACGAAGAUUGAAUUUAAAUACUAAAAAAGUACGCAUUAUUUAUUACUGCAGAGUAUCCGAGACUGAAGAGGAAAGCGCGAAAAAGCUAUUAGUCGAAAUUAAUAUUAAUAAUACGUUGAAAAUAAUGCGUGCGAGCGGCAACCGUUCAUUAGAUUAAAAGUUUCGCACGGGCGGAGGCGGCGGCGCUCGAAAAGCCGGCAGUAAAUCUUGUUGCGUGCGAAGAAUCUCUGGAUCACUGUAAUUUGAAAUGUGCAUUAAAUCCAGCUGAACAGAUAGCAAUUGGUUUAGGCGAACAAAAGGGCACCAAGUUUAUAAGGUGUUGCAUGGGGGGCGAUGGGCGGCGGGGCUGGUGAGGGGGGGCUCCGCAGACGGAUGCCGCUGAGACGGGCUGGGGGUGGUGGGGUGGCUGCUAGUGCCACGACCCUCGGUGGACGCGCCAUGCGAUACUACCGACUUUGGAUUUAUACAUGCAACACAGCGCUUCUGGCCGGAGCAAUAGCUUUCAUGGGAGCGGCGGCACGUACUCUCCUUUUCGACUAUCGCCGCUCCCUCAUACCUUCGUUGACCCUCUAUCAACCAAGCUUCCUAUAUGCCUACUUGGCUUUAGCCACACAAGGGGGCGCACUCCAACUUCUUGGCUGUGUCGCUGCCCUUCGUCUUUCCGAACGACUGCUGAACGCCUACUGGAUGCUCCUGCUCGUCCUCCUCUUCGGGGAUGUUGUGUUGGGCGCGUUUUGGGCCUUCCGCUUUGAGAGAGUAUGCCAAGAGUUGAAGCCAGCGCUAAAAGCCCGCUGGAUGCAGGACUAUGGCAUCAACGCAGAAAUCACGUCGCUGUGGGACCGACUGCAAGCAGAAACCUCCUGUUGUGGACCCACAGGUCCAAGUGAUUAUAAUGAUAGCAAAGGAUGGGAAAUGCUACCAGCAAGUUGCUGUGAAGCAGCUCUGAAUGGCAGCAGCAAUGGUGUGAGCGGCAGCGCGGGCGGCAGCUGCCAGCACCACCAGACCGCCUGCGAGGAAAGACUGCAGUCGUAUCUGAGGGGUACCGCCUCUCUGCUCGCCAUCCUCGGUUACUGCGUGUUGGCUUUCCUAAAACUAUGCUUCCUAGGUAUACUUCGGUACGAGAUCCGAGAGAUGAUACAGAAGAUUCGGAUACUGCGUGCCGAGUUGGAGCUUCCUGGUGUGAAUGGGGCCGUGCCAGGCUCGACGAUGAGAACGGAGAGCGCAGAAAGCGAACGCGAGAGUCUGUUAAUUCGGCCCGAGAGCGCCGCGCUGCUUUCGUCACCGCCUACGCAGACGAAGAAUCCCAACGGCAACAACAAUUAUGAGAUGAGGGAGUACAGAAGCCACGAUAACAUCUGACUAAAGUAUCGGCUGGAGGGCCUUUUCAGCCGCGGACGAUGGGGCCGCGUGAAGAAGGGCCCCCUAGCUACGCCACUGGACGAGAUCUUCCAGCGCAAACCGGCUCCCAGAUCUCGAGCAAGCAGAGACGAACCUUGUUGAGUACAGAAGAACUCGUUCCACUUUACGUUCAUAGAGCCUAUCUUCAAUAGCUUUACUACAUACAACUAGACUUAAGAGACUGCAGACACCUCCCCAAACACCCAAUCUUACACAUACCUACCUAUCCACUCGAUAUCCAAACGACACAAUACCAAUCCAACUACUACUACAUAUCUUCGACCAGCAGGACAUCGCCGAUGAAUUACCUACAUUUAGUGGCACGGCGACAACCAAAUAUUAUUAACUUGGUGCCAACCCGUAUAGAUGGAACGGCAGAAGUCCAGCCACCAUUCUAUCAAGCCUACCCCAUUUAGGAUGCUUCAUUUAACGGUCUUGCUGGUGCAGAGCCGUAGCUUUUUUUGAGAAAAAAAUAAUGAAAAAAUAAUAUAAAAAAAGACUGAGGAAGAUAGGAACACAUAGCGAGAGAUUUAAUUAUUCUCUAAGAAAAAAGACAUUUGGAGGACUUAAGCGAAAAUUUAAUUUGAAAAAAAAAACUAUUAUAGAGAUUUCGUUUCGUUUUUGGUAAAUCCCAGUGCCGCAUAAGAGUGAAUAAAUAUAUAUAUACAGUGUGUUUAUAUGAGCUUAUAUAAGAAAAAAAAUAUAGUGCCUCGCCAGUUUAAAGAAAAAUAUUGAA